AUGCUGCACCACGCAACAACCUUCAGAGUCAACGAAAUUUUCCGUCUCAAUUUACAGAUGGGGCUGGUGACCAGACGUACGGUCGAAAGAUUGGACACUAUAAUCACUGUUGUCAAAUUAUCAACACCGUUACGGGGUAAAAAGAUCAAACUUAUGUUUCAAAAACAUUCAUCAACGCACUCGACUAAAUUGAAAGAGCGAGAUUUGAUCCAUAAAAGAAUUACGGACCUCGCUGAAUUGCAGAGGAUCUACGAGUUCGGUGAGAUUUUAGGGAAAGGAAGCUUCGGUACUGUCGUUAAAGCGAGUCACAAAGGAACGGGGAUUAAUUGGGCGGUUAAAAUUAUCAAUAAGUCUCAAGCUGGUGCCUCCAGAAUAAUGCUCGUCGAACGGGAAAUCCAUAUUCUAAAAUUGGUCAAUCAUCCGAACAUAAUCCUCCUCGACCGAGUCUUCGAAUCACCGAAGGCAAUUUAUUUAAUAUUCGAGCUUUGCACGGGGUCGUUAGCAAAGACUUUUAAAGCGAAGAAACGCUUCGAAGAAAAGGAAACAUUAACCGUUAUUCGUAGCUUGGCUGGUGCUCUUUCCUACUUACACAAAAACGACAUCGUUCAUCGUGAUCUGAAGUUGGAAAAUAUUCUGAUCGCUGCGAAUCCGCAAAAUCCGGACGACGAUUUACAUAUAAAAGUAACGGACUUUGGACUUAGUGCGGUGCGGGGUGGUACGGGAUACGAAACCAUGUUGCAUGAUUGUUGCGGCACGCUUACUUACAUGGCGCCAGAAAUGAUAGCCACUAAAUCUUAUAGCCAGCAGUGCGACGUUUGGUCCAUGGGAAUUAUAAUGUACGUCCUGCUGGUUGGGAAGUUUCCAUUUUACUCUACGAACGAUCAGCACCUUCAUUUGCUCGUUAAAACACAAGAGCUUGACUUUUCGGGUUUACCUUGCUCAGAAGGAGCAAAGCAUUUGCUGAGCAAAAUGCUUCAGAAGAAUCCGGCGUUUCGCGUUACCGCAGCUGAGGUUGAAAAUCACCCCUGGAUAGCCGUAAGCAUGAACCAAUACGUAAACGUUUAUCGCAAUGCAUCAAAGGGUAAUCAUUCGAUGCUCCAAGCUCACUCUUCGAACGUUCUUGACAUGAUGAGAAUGUGGAGGACGGAAAUGAUGCGAAAUUCAUCGCAGCAGAAAAUUGCGCCGCAAUUAAGAAUUGUUCACAGGAAACGCCGGAUCAAGGAAAUUCAAACAAGACCGAAGAGAGUUCUCAAGCGGUCAAUUCUGCGCGCUUCAUUCCUGCCGUGCACGAUGAGCCACCUCGCUUGGCUGCAGGGCGAAGGUCUUCGAGAAUGA